CAAUUCUUGCCUACAUGUACUUCUUCCAGGAGUGAGCACACCAGGGCCGAACUACCGACCGCCAUCAGGCCACAAGGUGGGACCACACAAGUCCAUUGGUGUUAGACAUUUAAGAGACAAUAUCAGGAACGGCCCAGGACCCGCUGAGUACAGCCUCCAUACAGACAUAGGUGGACCAGCUUACACCUUAGCCAAACGUCUCAAGCCUCACCAUGCUGCUAUCGGCCUUGAUACACCAGCGCCUAAUGCCUACAGUCCCGGUACUACCAUUGGGAAGGCCGUAGCCAAGAGCAUCACUGGCAGGCGUGACCCAGUUCUGCAUGACGAUUUCGUGCCAGCGCCAAACAUGUACACCCUCCGUGACCCCAUCGUGGAUGCGCCAACGGCAAACUUGGGCUUCAGAUGGCCCGAGCAUACAGAGACGCCUUACCCUAGCCCAGCCCACUACACCGUCACCGAUGUCUGUCUAAAGAAGGCACCCGCGUAUACCAUUGGAGAGAAAACUUCAGGGAAAGCGACGUGUUUUCCCGAUAUCGUCAAACGGGACAAAAAUGGAGGGGUGGACGACAGAUCCCCCGGGCCGGCCCACUAUACUAUCACUAAAAGAUUCGCGGACAAUGAUAAGCCAGCACAUUCCAUCGGCAAGAUGGGAAGAUCGGCAAGGAAAUUUUCAGAAUCUGUUCCUGGCCCUAACCACUACCGGAUUGCUGUCAAACAUCGACCCGAUGCGCCAAAGGCCCCUGCACACUCCAUGGCGAGACGAUUCGACGAACCCCGCUACAAAAUUGUUGGUCCAGGGCCCGCGGCCUACCACCCCACACCACCCAAGAAUUACGACCUCAGCUGCAGCAUGACCAAACGACCAACUGAUAGAAAACAAUUCGUAACACCCGCCCCGAACGCAUUCCGACUAGAAACUGGUCAGAGUGCCAAGGGUAUUAACAACGGUCCCAAAGCGACACUGAAAAGUAGGGCGAGUCCUUUCGUCUACUCUGGCUUAGCAAAGACAAGGCUCCUCGAGGGGUAGGAAACUGGCAAGGAAUUUGUUUAGUGUGCUACGAUUUAUUUGGAAAAACAACAACAUUGUAUUGUUCAUU